CUUUUCCCCUCUUUCUUUAUAUUGAUACAUGUAAUGUUAGAUACAUCUCUGUCCCAAUAUACAUGUAGUAAUGUUAAAAAUUGUCUAUCUCUGCUUAUAUGAUGUUAGAUAAAUGUAAAAUGAUAAUAUGUUCUUCUGUCCCUUUAUGGUAAUGUUAACGAAAUGUAAGAUAAUGUCCCUCUGUCCCUCACUGGUAAUGGUAAAUAAUAAGUAGUAAUGUCCCAGUUUGAUGCCUGCCCCAUUGAUAAGUUGCAUCAUGUUCCUGUUUUCACUGCCCGGUAUUCCUUGGCUGCAGAGAGAGGGUUAUUGAUCAGUGAAUUGAUUUGCCUGUUCCUGGAGUGCUUGGCAGUAGAAUCAAUGACAGCACCUCUGUCUACAGUAGAGCCUUCCGACACUCCCUCCACACUGAGACGCCAUUUUGGGUUCUAUCUCAGUUCCAGAGUCAAAAUAACUAAAGCGGUUCUAUGGAAGACGUGUGUUAAACCAUUGGCCAUGACGAGACUGGACGAUGGUGGACAGAAGCUAAUGUGACUUUGGAGAGCUGAAGGUCAAUGCUCUGUGUGGUAGAGGAUUUGUUGUUCCUAAGUUAUUGAUCCUGUUGGAGAAUGCACAUGAACACAUGAACAUGGAUGCUGAGAUUCCAGCAUAGCGAUGUCUGCCAGCUUUGAUGAGUCAUCCAACCUUGUAGAUAUAACCUCUCCCACAACCACUGAAGACUUUAAUAAACUUACUGUUGAUCAUCUCUCCGCAGAAAAGCCUGAACAACAUGACAAGUCUAAAGGAUUUGGAUUUAUAAAGAAGCGCGCAAAGUCACCAUUUAGAUCUCCACUAAAGUCCCCUCUGAAAUCUCCUCUUAAGUCACCUUUCAAGUCCAAAGCCAGUAAACAGGCUGCUAAGGAUGCUCAAAAAGAUUCACUCAAAGACACAUUUAAAGACACUUUCCCUGAUGAUGUGAAAGAUGCUUCAGAAAAAGAGGUUGUUGAUAAAAAGUCAGAUGACUGGCAAGCGUUCCAGCAGAUGCAAGAUAGAAUUAAACAAAACGUCCUUAAGACACAGACUAGUUUAAAUAAAUUGUCAUCAGACAACUCAGAGACUUCUAAUGGUAAUAACAUAAACAACGAAAAACGCCAAAAACUUGAUGAUACGUUUUGGUCGAGUUUUGAUGACACCUCCUCCUUGAUUCCUCCAAGUCCUCAUGGUGUUAACAAAGAAAAGGCUAAAUCAUCUGACCAGGACACGGAUCUCAGUGUAACAAGCUUUCCCAACCUUAAAGUCACUCCAACCCCCUCACCACGAGGAACUCCCUGUCCACCAGCCAACAGCUUACGGACCAGCAUGGAAAACCUGAUGGGUGACGACCCUGUAGGGAGUAAGGAAGAGGUGGCCGACCUCCUGGGACUGUCCAGUGGUCCUACAGGCACUGACCAGGCUCCAGCUGACUCAACAUAUUUGAUGAAUCAGGAUUUACUUGGACUUGAUAAUAUUCUGUCAUCAACAGGUGAAUCACAGCAUGGCAGCAGCAUGUGCAGCAGCUUCGAUGGCUCUGACAUGGUGUUUGGAACGAUUUCCCACAGUGAAAGGUCAUCCCAAAGGUCAACACCAUUGGGGUUUGACCCUUGGGAAGAUGACCAGCGGAUCCCAAUGGGAACACUUUCUUCAACAUUUGUUAGCAGUAUGGUGGAUGAAUUCCUGCAGCUGGACACAAUGAAAGAAGUUUCUCAAGCUGAUCUGAACCCAUUUGAUUCUUCUGCUGAAAAACCAGCACCAAAAUCUAACAUUAUUGAUUCUCUUGACCCAUUCUCUGCUAAAAAGGUGAAGGAAAAAGCACCUCUUCCACCUACAAAUAAGGAAGUUUUGCCACCACCUACCACAGAUAUUUUGUCACAACCUUCUUCUUCAGAAUUUCUGCCACCAACAACUCAAAACUUUCUCAGUCAAAGUGAGUCUGACAUUGUGCCCCCAUCAGACACUGACUUUCCUGCACCAUUGCCUAUAGACUUCAGUCAGGCAUUUGGGGGGAGUGUGAACCUGUCUGAUGAGGCAGCUUCCUCACACUUUGAUGCCUUUGGUCAGCUGGAUGAGGACUUACUUCCUCCAGCAGUUGUCCCCUCGGGAGUCGGUACCACUGGAGAUUUUCUGCAGGGGUUUGGGGAUACAGAGGGUGAAAGCACAGAGGUAAAGGAAGGAUUUUCCCAUAUCAUACCAGUAGAAGUGUAUGACAACUUGGGUUUUGGUGUCACAGACCCCUCAAAGGAUGCCCCCCUUGACCAACAUGAAGAGCCUCCAGAAACAGCAAAUGAUGUAGCUGUUGCUAACAAUCCAUUUCUCACAUCAGACAUCAGUGAGCAGCCUCCUCCAGUGACCUCUGACCUGUUUGAUGACAACUUCUUUGAAACCAAAGGUGCUUCACAGUCCCAAUAUUCACAAGAUGCAUUUUCCAAUAUCUGGGGAAAUGCUCCCGCUGACACCAUAGGUCAAAGUGUCAAUCCAUUUCAGGAGGAUUUCUUUUCCAUUGAUAAAAUUCCGGACACUAAAUCUGAUUUUCCUGGAGAUGCUGCUGACAACUUUACCACCAAUACAAGCAAUAACCCAUUUCUACAGGAUGAUUCGACUGCUGUUUUCUCUACAGUCCCCACAACAUCCAAUGCCAACCCAUUCCUAGAUGACUCUGUACCAUCUACUCAGACAGAGCUCUCAGACUUAGACAGUUUCCUACUUGGUGAUUCUGCUAAAGAAAGUGUUCCGCAAUCUGUCAAAUCCCCAACACUAGAUGAUUUUGAUCCUUUUGGAAUGUCUGCCCAAAAGGUAGAAGAGAGUCAGUCAGACCAGAUUGUACCAGUAGAGGGAGCCAUUAAUGAUGCCUUCACAGCAGUGGCGACCUCUGGUGAGGAUCAGCUAGUUCAGCCUGACGAUGAUGAUGAUGAAGAUAACGCAUUCAUGUUAGAGAUAAAACCAGUUAAACCAAACAGUCUAGGAUCAAUGAGGUCAUCAGAACCCCCACCUGCACUAAAACCCCCUCCUAGACCCCCUAGGUCUCCCCAACCACCUAGGGAAAACCCCUUCAACAGGGACUCACCUCCAGAGGAGAACUUUGCUGAAUUUGAGAUUCGUGGUGGAGAUGACACUCCCCGCGAGAAGGACAGUAACUUGAACAGUCUGCCAAGUUUCUCCACAGAGGACAACACUCCUGAAGAGGAGCUAGCAGCUCUCCCUCCUCUAGAGCCGUUCUACCCAACUACAGACCAGGAUGUCUGGAGUCUAAUGCUGAGACAACCCACCAAGAAAAAGCUUACCACAAAUAGGUUCUGGAAACAAGUGUAUGUAAAGUUGGUGAAGCAGGCAGAUGGACCUAUUCUUAAGGUGUAUCAAGAAAAGGAUGAUAACGAUCCCUUCACUGAGCUGAUUCUCCAACCUUGCUACUCGAUUUCGGAGGUGGCCCUCCAACAGUAUGACCAGUAUGGGAAAAUCUACACAGUCAAGGUCCAGUACAUCUUCUACAGAGAGCGAGUCGGUCUGCGUGCUGAGAGGAUCACACCAGCAUUUGUUAAGAAGCCAAAGGCUACCAUGAUUCUUGCCCAUUCACCGCAGGUAUCUGAGAUGCUCAAAUUUGGCAGUUUAGACAAAGAAGAAAUAACAUUGUUUGUACGUGAAGUUGAGAAUGCAUUAAUGAACAUGGAGGCUAGGAGAGAGAAAACACUCACCUACAUUAAGGAUGAGGCCUGUGCUGAGGUGUGGGAUGAAUACAAAGCAGAAUUAGACAAGCAAGGUCGGGUUAUUAAACAGAAGGCACGUGUCAGGGCUUUCUUCCUUGCCUUUGUCACUGGCAUGCCAACAUGUGAACUUGGGCUAAAUGACAAACGGAGGCGGGGUAAGGAAGUGGUUGGUCGCCAUGACAUCAUCCCUAUUAAGACAGAGGAGUGGAUUCGUCUAGAAGAUGUAGAGUUUCACUGCUGUGUUGAUAAAAAUGAAUUUGAAAAAACAAACAAUAUAAAAUUUCAUCCUUUAGAUGCUUGUCAGUUUGAACUGUUAAGAUACCGCGUUCGUCUUCGAGAAAACAAAGAAUUGCCAUUACAGCUCAAAGUUCAGCAAAUUUUAAAGGAAUCUAAAGUAGAAAUCCGCUGUGACAUACUCGUAACUGGCUACCAUUCCUUCAGUAAAAAGCAUGGACAGUUUCCCUGUGAAGACAUUGAGAUUCGCUUUCCCAUACCUGAGCAGUGGGUGUACCUAUUCCGCUAUGAAAAGCGGUUUGGAUAUGGUGCAUUUAAGUCGCAAACUCGCAAACCUGGUAAAAUCAAAGGCUUGGAACGUAUUACGAUGAUUGCUCAGGGACUACUGACUCCGACACUGAUGGAGGCUGAUGUGGGUGUCGCUAAGUAUGAACACCUGUACAAGGCUGUAGUGUGGAGAAUCUCCCGACUCCCAGAAAGGAAUGAAGGAGCAUACAAGAGCCAUCUGUUCAGAAUGACCCUGGAGUUCGGGCCACAUGAUGAAAUUCCAGAGAGUUUUGAGUCACAUGCAGAGGUAGAAUUUACAAUGCCCUCGUGUACAGUGUCACAGUCUCAGGUGCGCUCCAUCACUGUGGAGAACCCGAACCCUCCGGACAAGUGGGUACGCUACAUAGCCAAAUACCAGUACCGCAUAGAGAUUGACCACAUCAAUGAGGUCUGCAAGGCCAGUCCUAGCAGUGAUGGCUGACCGUACAAACUGACCAGUUAUUACCACGGAAGUGUCAGAUAUGUGAAUGAUGGAUGGUAUCUCAGAUUUUACUGUGGAACUAGGACCAUCCAGUUACCACCUGAGGCUGACCUGGUGUACUAAAGUGUUAGAUAUGUGUAUGAGGGAUGGUUUCCCAGAUUCUGUGUGCUACAGUGGACUGUUCAGCUAAUGUUUGAUGGACCCUUCCCCAACACUUGUACCUCAGAUGUUGUGUGUCGUAGCAUGUGCUCUGAAGAUUAGAUUGUAGGGAUGUAAUUAACUCGAAAAGAACUAUGUAGAGGUAUAGGAAAGUACAUGAUAUAAUAUGUUACCCUACAGAUCUAUAGGGUACCUGGAUAGUACAUGGUAUAAUAUGUUACCCUACAGAUCUAUAGGACUAUAGGGUACCGGGAUAGUACAUGAUAUAAUAUGUUACCCUACAGAUCUAUAGGAUUAUAGCGUACCGGGAUAGUACAUGAUAUAAUAUGUUACCCUACAGAUCUAUAGGGUACCGGGAUAGUACAUGAUAUAAAAUGUUACCCUACAGAUCUAUAGAAAUAUAGGGUACUGGGAUAGUACAUGAUAUAAUAUGUUACCCUACAGAUCUAUAGGGUACCUGGAUAGUACAUGAGAUAAUAUGUUACCCUACAGAUCUAUAGAACUAUAGGGUACCGGGAUAGUACAUGAUAUAAUAUGUUACCCUACAGAUCUAUAGGGUACCGGGAUAGUACAUGAUAUAAAAUGUUACCCUACAGAUCUAUAGAAAUAUAGGGUACUGGGAUAGUACAUGAUAUAAUAUGUUACCCUACAGAUCUAUAGAACUAUAGGGUACCUGGAUAGUACAUGGUAUAAUAUGUUACCCUACAUAUCUAUAGAACUAUAGGGUACCUGGAUAGUACAUGGUAUAAUAUGUUACCCUACAGAUCUAUAGAACUAUAGGGUACCGGGAUAGUACAUGAUAUAAUAUGUUACCCUACAGAUCUAUAGAACUAUAGGGUACCUGGAUAGUACAUGAUAUAAUAUGUUACCCUACAGAUCUAUAGGAUUAUAGCGUACCGGGAUAGUACAUGAUAUAAUAUGUUACCCUACAGAUCUAUAGGGUACCGGGAUAGUACAUGAUAUAAAAUGUUACCCUACAGAUCUAUAGAAAUAUAGGGUACUGGGAUAGUACAUGAUAUAAUAUGUUACCCUACAGAUCUAUAGAACUAUAGGGUACCUGGAUAGUACAUGAUAUAAUAUGUUACCUUACAGAUCUAUAGAACUAUAGGGUACCUGGAUAGUACAUGAUAUAAUAUGUUACCCUACAGAUCUAUAGAACUAUAGGGUACCGGGAUAGUACAUGAUAUAAUAUGUUACCCUACAGAUCUAUAGAACUAUAGGGUACCGGGAUAGUACAUGAUAUAAUGUUACCCUACAGAUCUAUAGGGUACCGGGAUAGUACAUGAUAUAAUAUGUUACCCUACAGAUCUAUAGAACUAUAGGGUACCGGGAUAGUACAUGAUAUAAUAUGUUACCCUACAGAUCUAUAGGGUACCGAGAUAGUACAUGAUAUAAAAUGUUACCCUACAGAUCUAUAGAACUAUAGGGUACCGGGAUAGUACAUGAUAUAAUAUGUUACCCUACAGAUCUAUAGGGUACCGGGAUAGUACAUGAUAUAAUAUGUUACCCUACAGAUCUAUAGGGUACCGGGAUAGUACAUGGUAUAAUAUGUUACCCUACAGAUCUAUACGGUACCGGGAUAGUACAUGAGAUAAUAUGUUACCCUACAGAUCUAUAGAGUACCGGGAUAGUACAUGAGAUAAUAUGUUACCCUACAGAUCUAUACGGUACCGGGAUAGUAUAUGAUAUAAUAUGUUACCCUAGAGAUCUAUAGAGUACCGGGAUAGUACAUGAGAUAAUAUGUUACCCUACAGAUCUAUACGGGUACCGGGAUAGUAUAUGAUAUAAUAUGUUACCCUACAGAUCUAUAGAGUACCGGGAUAGUACAUGAGAUAAUAUGUUACCCUACAGAUCUAUAGGAUCAUAGAGUUCCAGGAUAAGUAAGCCUUUGUCGCUAGAUAUAGAGAAGGAUUUUAUCUUACAUGGAAGUUGGACAGCAAAAUUGUCACUUGGUGCCCAUUCUCACCACAGUGCAUUUUUGUCUCAUACAAUUAUUUAUAAAAGUUUCUGAUUUUUCCAAUGUCUACAUUUUGUUCUUCGUUCCUGUGGGUUGAAGAUGUAUGUGACAUGGAGAGAAUAGGUACUUGGUUGGAAUAGGCUAGUUGAACAGUGUGCCUCAAUUUUAAACACACGACUUCCUAUUUGGUCAUUUUAUCAUCCUUUUUUCUACUUACAAAAGAGAUAAAUUAUGUCCAUUGUAUAGACCUAUCUAUAUAUAUCAAUGAGAUCUGAGUUUACUGUUAUAUUACAUUAUACAUACAUAGAUCUGACUUUUAAUAUUCAUUACGUAUUACACAUACAUGUGAUAUAAUUAUUUACAUAUGAGAUAAUGUACAGCUGAGUAUCUGUGAGGAUGUAGGAUGAUUUCCACAUAAUGUACCGGUAACCGACCCUUCCAACUAUUAAGUUCCUAUUACGUUCAUUUUGGUUCUUUGUUUUUUUUAUUUUGUAUUUUAUUUAGCAUUGUUUUAGCAAGCUACAGGCAUUGUACCAGACAUGGUUGUCUAUAAAACAUUAAACAUUAACUAACAUCAUAAAUUAUUAGCAUGUUUUUCUAUAUUAGCUACAAAUAUCUAACCCCUAACACUUACAAAGGUCAUGUGAGAUGUUUGACAGUAAUAACAGUAUUUCUGUUGUCUACAAUGCAUUUUUUGGCAUUCUUCAAUUUGGUGCAACUUUAUCAUGAUUUGAUUCAAAACAGAUGUAUAUCCAGUUCUGAAGUUAUACCUUAAACAAGGGAGGUAAUCAUAUAGUUUAUAUCCUGUUCUGAAGGUUUACCUUAAACAAGGGAGGUAAUCAUAUAGUAUAUAUCCUGUUCUGAAGGUUUACCUUAAACAAGGGAGGUAAUCAUAUAGUAUAUAUCCUGUUCUGAAGGUUUACCUAAAACAAGGGAGGUAAUCAUAUAGUAUAUAUCCUGUUCUGAAGGUUUACCUUAAACAAGGGAGGUAAUCAUAUAGUAUAUAUCCUGUUCUGAAGGUUUACCUAAAACAAGGGAGGUAAUCAUAUAGUAUAUAUCCUGUUCUGAAGGUUUACCUUAAACAAGGGAGGUAAUCAUAUAGUAUAUAUCCUGUUCUGAAGGUUUACCUUAAACAAGGGAGGUAAUCAUAUAGUAUACAUCCAGUUCUGAAAGUUUAUUAUAAACAGGGGAGGUAAUUAUGUUAUACAUGUACAUAUCCAGUUCUGAGGGUUUACCUUAACAAGGGAGAUGAUUAUGUGGUAUAUAUACUGUUCUGAAGGUUUACCAUACACAAGGGUGGUAAUGAUAUAAAUAAACAAGACAGGAAAUCUUAUUACAUAUAUCCAGUUCUAAAGUUUUACCAUAAACAGGAGAGGUAAUCAUAUAGUAUAUACAGUUAUGAAUGUCUAUCAUAAACCACAGGAUACUUCUUUUUUGCAAAUCUGGUGAUGAAUUACUGGCCAGAAAAAACAAAGCAGAAUCAGUGUUACAAAGUUUAUUUAACCAGAUCUUGACAUGUUCAAAUGUUAAUGUUCAAAGUCAUUUUGCAGAACUUAUUCAAAUUCAUUAUUCUUAUUCUCACAUCACCAAGUCUAUCCUAAAGUUGUGUGUAUAUUACUGUAUGUAGUGAAAAAGUUAAAAAAAAAAAAAAAAAAAUAAGGGACCUAGAGGUACCAGAAUUAGGUCAAAACCAGUCACCUAAAGAUGAUAGGUCAAAACCAGACAUCUAGAGAUGAUAGGUCAAAACCAGACACCUAGAGAUGAUAGGUCAAAACCAGUCACCUAGAGAUGAGUGGUAGGUCAAAACCAGUCACCUAGAGAUGAUAGGUCAAAACCAGACACCUAGAGAUGGGUGGUAGGUCAAAACCAGUCAACUAGAGAUGAUAGGUCAACCAGACAUCUAGAGAUGGGUGGUAGGUCAAAACCAGUCACCUAGAGAUGAUAGGUCAACCAGACAUCUAGAGAUGGGUGGUAGGUCAAAACCAGUCACCUAGAGAUGGGUGGUAGGUCAAAACCAGACACCUAGAGAUGAUAGGUCAAAACCAGUCACCUAGAGAUGGGUGGUAGGUCAAAACCAGUCACCUAGAGAUGAUAGGUUAAAACCAGUCACCUAGAGAUGAUAGGUCAAAACCAGUCACCUAGAGAUGAUAGGUCAAACCAGACACCUAGAGAUGGGUGGUAGGUCAAAACCAGUUACCUAGAGAUGAUAGGUCAAAACCAGACACCUAGAGAUGGGUGGUAGGUCAAAACUAGUCACCUAGAGAUGGGUGGUAGGUCAAAGCCAGUGAUCUAGAGAUGGUAGGUCAAAACCAGUCACCUAGAGAUGAUAGGUCAAAACCAGACACCUAGAGAUGAUAGGUCAAAAGAAGUGAUCUAGAGAUGAUAGGUCAAAACCAGUGAUCUAGAGAUGAUAGGUCAAAACCAGUCACCUAGAGAUGAUAGGUCAAAACCAGUGAUCUAGAGAUGAUAGGUCAAAACCAGACACCUAGAGAUGAUAGGUUAAAACCAGUCACCUAGAGAUGAUAGGUCAAAACCAGUGAUCUAGGGAUGAUAGGUCAAAACCAGACACCUAGAGAUGAUAGGUCAAAACCAGUCACCUAGAGAUGAUAGGUCAAAACCAGUGAUCUAGAGAUGAUAGGUCAAAACCAGACACCUAGAGAUGAUAGGUCAAAACCAGUGAUCUAGAGAUGAUAGGUCAAAACCAGACACCUAGAGAUGAUAGGUCAAACCAGACACCUAGAGAUGAUAGGUCAAAACCAGUCACCUAGAGAUGAUAGGUCAAAACCAGUCACCUAGAGAUGGGUGGUAGGUCAAAACCAGACACCUAGAGAUGGGUGGUAGGUCAAAACCAGUCACCUAGAGAUGAUAGGUCAAAACCAGUCACCUAGAGAUGAAUCAGGUCAAACCAGUCACCUAGAUAUAUGAUAGGUCAAAACCAGUGGCUUAGAGAUGAUAGGUCAAAACUGGAGACUUCAUGCAUAAUGGGGACAUGAUUCUAGUUAGCAUUAGUUUGAUGGGAACAUCAAGGAGUUCUGUUAGUAUUAGUGGACUACGUGCAAUAUAGACUUCAACAUUACCUUGGAAUGUGGUUGAAGAUGUUUGUGUGCUGUAUUAAUCAACGUUGAUUGUUACUAUGUUUAAUGUUCCUUGUUAUAUUGCCUCCUUGUAAUAGACAUCGCAGGUGAAAUGUGAUAAAUCUUACUCAUGCUUCAUAUGAACUCAUAUCACUUAUCAUGUUUAACAAAAAUCUUGAACCAUGAUCAGCCAUUAAUAAUUACUUAGCUGCACUAAUCUGGAAUUUUUUUCUAUAAAUGUGCAAUGUUAUAUUAGAAUUAUAUCAAGUUUUUUUUGUACAAUGUACAAGUUAAGUGUGUUCCAGUUCUAUCAUGUCAGAGUAAUUUAAUUAAUUUCAGUAUCCCUAGGUGAUGUGUAUUAGUGAUAACAACCUUGUAAUACAUUUCAGUAUCCCUAGGUGAUGUGUAUUAGUGAUAACAACAUUGUAAUACAUUUCAGUAUCCCUAGGUGAUGUGCAUUAGUGAUAACAACAUUGUAAUACAUUUCAGUAUCCCUAGGUGAUGUGUGUUAAUGAUAACAACAUUGUAAUACAUUUCAGUAUCCCUAGGUGAUGUGUGUUAAUGAUAACAACAUUGUAAUACAUUUCAGUAUCCCUAGGUGUUGUAUGUUAAUGAUAACAACAUUGUAAUACAUUUCAGUAUCCCUAGGUGAUGUGUAUUAGUGAUAACAACAUUGUAAUACAUUUCAGUAUCCCUAGGUGAUGUGCAUUAGUGAUAACAACAUUGUAAUACAUUUCAGUAUCCCUAGGUGAUGUGUAUUAAUGAUAACAACAUUGUAAUACAUUUCAGUAUCCCUAGGUGAUGUGUGUUAAUGAUAACAACAUUGUAAUACAUUUCAGUAUCCCUAGGUGAUGUGUAUUAAUGAUAACAACAUUGUAAUACAUUUCAGUAUCCCUAGGUGUUGUAUGUUAUAAUAAUUCAAUCAGGUUACAAUGUUAAACCUUCCGGCUGACUUGUGAUAGCUUGACUUUGUAUUAUGGUAUCAUACCAAUAUUGUAUGUAAUAUAAAAUCAUAGGUAAUAAUAUAGAUAUUGAAUGUUACAUGUACAUGUACAUAAAUAUGUAUCACGGUAUGAAAGUUAAUUUGAGGACAUGUAAAACUGCUCUACUGAGCUAGAAAUUUGUAUGACACUGGAAUGCAUGUGAACUAUUGCGAGAUUAACAGUAGUCUUAUUACCUAUUUAACAUCAUGAUAAACAUACACAAGUAACCACCCAACAUCAUUGUUUCAUUGUUGUUUGCUUUUGUACAUAGUGUUUCUUGUGUUUAGGAAGGGGAGUAUUUAAUCUAUCGGUGACAUACUGACAUUUUCUUCUUAUUGUAUCAGAUUAGAUGUGGGAGUGUUUCUGUGGGUGACACACCCAUAUUUUCCUCCUAUUGUACCUGGUUAGGUGUAGGAGUGUUUCUGUGGGUGACACACCCAUAUUUUCCUCCUGUUGUACCUGGUUAGGUGUAGGAGUGUUUCUGUGGGUGACACACCCAUAUUUUCCUCCUAUUGUACCUGAUUAGAUGUGGGAGUGUUUCUGUGGGUGACACACCCUCAUUUUCCUCCUAUUGUACAUGAUUAGAUGUGGGAGGGUUUCUGUGGGUGACACACCCACAUUUUCCUCCUAUUGUACCUGGUUAGGUGUAGGAGGGUUUCUGUGGGUGACACACCCAUAUUUUCCUCCUAUUGUACAUGAUUAGAUGUGGGAGGGUUUCUGUGGGUGACACACCCACAUUUUCCUGCUAUUGUACCUGGUUAGGUGUAGGAGGGUUUCUGUGGGUGACACACCCAUAUUUUCCUCCUAUUGUACAUGAUUAGAUGUGGGAGGGUUUCUGUGGGUGACACACCCAUAUUUUCCUCCUGUUGUACAUGAUUAGGUGUAGGAGGGUUUCUGUGGGUGACACACCCACAUUUUCCUCCUAUUGUACCUGAUUAGAUGUGGGACUGUUUCUGUGUAUGAUAACCCUACCUUUCCCUCUUGUUUUGUUAUACUUAAGUCUGUGCCUACCAACACGGUCAUGGAGUAUUAAUGUCCGAAUCAUUUAUUGGCUUGUGACAGCAACGAAGCAUAAUUUUGUGUCUUUAGCCUCAUUUUCUGUCUAUCUGUUGGUCAAAUUAUCUGAGUGACAUUUGGAAACAUUUGUAAUAUGAUUUAUAAAUUACUGUUUUGGACUAGAUAAACUUGUUAUUGUAAUAUACCAGUGCUCCAACACAGAGGUUGAUGACACCGUACCAUUACUAAGGUUAGCUCUAUGUGUUCUGAUUUUGUUAGAUUUCCAUUGCCAUGUAUACUUAUCAUUUUUUACUUACUGUUAUAAAAUUGUAUAUUUUGUUUACUUAAUAUAUAAUUAACUUAAUCACUGGUACACUUCUAUUAUAAAGUGAAAUUAGGUAUUAUUUACAAUAUUAUUUACAAUUGGUAUUUUUACAUUAUUUCACUAACAUAUUUAGUGUUAUUGUUGUUGCAGAUUUAUUAGAUUUUGUUCAUGUUGUUGUACCUGCUUCCUUCAUUCAGUAUUUAAAAUACUCAGUUACAGUCAUAUUGCAGUCAGUGACUGGUCACCAUGGCUACCAUUUGUUGAUUGCCUUUGGUAUCACUUCUCUGACAAUUGUUGCUCCAGGAUUGUUUGUAGACAACAACAUUCAUAAGUAAAAUUUCAUAUAUUGCAGAUAGGUUUGUGUGGAGGCGGAGUCACCACCCCAAUAACUAUACACUGCAGUAAAAUUUUGUAUGUGGAUGCUACCUUGCCUAACGACUUUUAUAGGCGGUAUUUACCUAUGUCAUUAUUGAGGUCAGUUUAAGGUUUGUUUACCCUGUAUAAUCAGUCACAACAAUAGAGUAUGAUCACAAUUUGUAAGCGUGGUAUGAUGUAAGUUAAAUAAAUAUAGUAAACUCAAA